AUUCAUCAUUUUACCAGCAGUACCAUCGUUUCCUACGAUUUCCGUAAACGAGGAGGGAUGUCCUACUUUCAAAAUCAAUUUGUCAUGCACACACAAUUUUACGCUCAUUAGAAAAAAAGACAUACAUUAUAAUAAUAUAAUAAUGUAAUGAGAUUGAAAUUGUGUUAUCUGUAUUUGUAUUCGAAUUUACCAUAAUUUAAGUUUUACUAUUUACUUUAACAAUUGGAGCAUGUACGGACUCGAGAAUGAGACCGUUAUCAUUUUUCCCGAUAUUUACAUAUAUAAUGCAUCGGAAACGUCAAGAUACCUUAUUAUUGAAAUAUCGGAGACAACUACAAGCCAAGCAUCAUCUUGCAGAAAUCCACCUCUAUGUUACUUAUCGGAUACAUACAAGAUGGAAUCAAAGAGCAUGUUUUUACCUUACACAAAUUCUCACAAUUAUGGCAGGCAACAGUCGAAUCUUCAACGUAGUUACUAUAGUGGAUUCGACUCAUCUACAUUACCAGCUUAUUACUCGGCUUUUGAUCCCAUCAGUGUGUUAGCAUCAUUAGCAUUUUUGGCAUUUCUAUUGCAAUCAUUCGCUUCGCUCUUUGAUCGUUCGAGAUCAAUUUUGCCAACGAUAAUUAGUGGCCGACAAUCGACCAUGGACUUGACCAUUCCAGAAAUUUCGAAACAUGUGUCGCGCGCUUUGCAAGAAUAUGAAGAUCUCAAUGAAGAUUUAGAGAGCAAAUAAUUGACAAGAUAAUGACAAUUUUUUGCCAUUUACAUGUAACUUAUAUAGCAAUUUCUGUCUUUCUUAUUGUACAACUGAUUUUUUUAACGAUUUCUAUAAAUG